CUCCCGGCCACCUCCAUUCAUCCCGGCGGCGGCAGCGGCGGCGGGCGCGGGGCGCCGGGCGGGCGCCGCGGACUCCAACCCAGCGCGGCGGAGCGCGGAACACCAGGACACGGCCCGGCUCUGCUCGGCUUGGCCCGGCCCGGCCUUGCCCGGCGGAGCCCCGGUGCUGUGGGCGGCCGGCCGCCAGGAAGCUUGAGUUUCUCCCAGCUCACGUGAAGAUCCGAGAGGUCUCCGCCGUGGAAAUGGGCUUUCUCUGAGCGGCCGUCUGGGCCCGAGGCUGUCACUUCUAACCCUGGCUGGCAACUUCAGGGGUUUGGUCUUCCCCGGUUCUUUCCGUCUCUCUGUGUGGGGGUCAGCGGUUCCACUCCCCCGCCCGCCGCCACCUCUUCUUUUGCGGAAGGAAAGCUUUCACUCGUUCAAAAAGUAGUGGCUUUUUUUUUUUUUUCACGUAUUUUUUAAAUUGUUGCUGGUUGGUUGCUUUUGGCUUUUAGUGUGUGCGUGUGCGUGGGGACUCUCCGCGCAGGCUGGCUCUAUCCAUCCCGCUGGCUGGAGGCGGCCGAGAGAAAAGCCAUGUUUCCGAAAGCAGGCUUCCACCUGCUGCGGUUAAAAUAUUGCUAAGCAGCCGGUUCCUGUGGCCGAAUUAGAGGAAGACUGCCUCAGAUACCGAAAAAAAAAAAAAAAAUUGGCAAUGACUGCCGAAGUUGUUGCAGACUGUUGGUUUGACUGCUGAAGAGGACGUGAGUGAGAGAGAGAGAGAGCGCUGUUGCACACACAAAACCACAGAGACAACCCACAAUUUAACCAACAUCCCCAAACCCAAGUUUUCAGCUGUGGACCUUUUAGCCUCAGAGCCUGCGAUCGGCUGCGACCUUUCUUUAAAAUUAUGAAAGACGUUAUGCCAAAGACAAGUAAAAAGACAGAGAUUUAAAGCUUGAAUGCCAUGCACUGAGCUUCCUUUCUUUUUUAUUUUUGCGCAAGAGUGAUUGAAAGGUCAUGACAUGAUUACUCUUUGAGCAAUGCGAACCAAACUACUGAAACCGAUUUUCAAGGCUGCUUAAAAAUAAUCUUGCCUAGAACAUUAAUGGAUUCCUGUUGUGUUUAAAUUCUCUACAGAUUAUAUUGUAAAUAUUUUAUGAAGUACAGUAUAUGUGUGUGUGUGUGCGUGUACGUGAAUACAUAUACAGUUGUAGCCAGAUGACCUUUGAUCAGUCUAGCUCGCGUACUGCCUUCUCUGAAGACUGGCCCCGAAUUUCCCUCUCUUAAAGAGCGAUUUUUACCUACGGAAGACGCUGAUGUAUUUGUUUUCUCUUGGGACUGUAGAGCAAUCACCUGGAAGAAACUGAUAGACAACUAACUCUCUGGGAAGCCCAGGCUUUGCAUGUGUUUCUGACCGCGUCUUGUGUUAGACUUGCGUAAUUUUUUCCACGUUGCUUGGGAGUUUGGAAGUUUUCCCUCCGGUAACUUUUUGUGUCACGGCUGCGGACUAGAUGCACAGGCGUCGCGGUAAAGCCCCGCACGGACGACCUUUUCGCUUAUCGGAUUAAAGUGAUCUGUUCCGCAGCGCCAGGACGCCAAGAGUUAAGUCUCGGCGUGCUCGCUAUAUCAGCCGCCUUCAGCAAAAAAUUAACUUUGGGGACUGGCGUAGAAACAAGUUUCUCCCUGGUCCUCAGCCUGUAUCCGUUUAUGUUGGUCCCCAGAGAGCAGAUCGCUGAAGAGUUACGCUCGUUUCGCUGUUUUGUAAAAACUCUGUGGAGGUCUUUCACUCAAAAGGCUUGUUGUGAUGCGUAUCCCCGUAGAUACCAGCACCAGCCGCCGCUUCACGCCGCCCUCCACCACGCUGAGCCCGGGGAAGAUGACCGAGCCGCUGCCGCUGCCCGGCGCCGAGCACAGCGGCGCCUUGCCGGGGAAGCUGCGCAGCGCCGACCGCAGCAUGGUGGAGGUCCUGGCGGAUCACCCCGGGGAGCUGGUGCGCACCGACAGCCCCAACUUCCUCUGCUCCGUGCUGCCCACCCACUGGCGCUGCAACAAGACGCUGCCCAUCGCCUUCAAGGUGGUGGCCUUGGGAGACGUGCCCGAUGGGACACUGGUAACAGUGAUGGCUGGAAACGACGAAAACUACUCCGCAGAACUCAGGAAUGCCACAGCUGCCAUGAAAAACCAAGUAGCAAGGUUCAACGACCUCCGAUUUGUGGGUAGAAGUGGAAGAGGGAAAAGCUUCACGCUGACUAUCACGGUCUUCACAAAUCCACCACAAGUAGCCACAUACCACAGAGCCAUCAAGAUAACAGUGGAUGGACCUCGUGAGCCCAGAAGACAUCGUCAGAAAAUAGAUGAGCAGACAAAGCCCGGGAGCUUGUCCUUUUCAGAGCGCCUGAGUGAACUGGAGCAGUUGCGUCGUACAGCCAUGAGGGUCAGCCCACACCACCCAGCCCCCACACCCAACCCACGAGCCUCCUUGAACCACACCACUGCUUUUAACCCUCAGCCUCAGAGUCAGAUUCAGGGUCUCUUUUUCAUUGCAGACACAAGGCAAGUCCAGCCUUCUCCACCAUGGUCCUAUGACCAGUCCUACCAGUACCUGGGCUCCAUCGCCACCCCCUCCGUGCACCCUGCCACCCCAAUAUCACCUGGCAGGGCUAGCGGCAUGACAUCCCUCACCGCAGAGCUUUCAAGCCGGCUGUCAAGUGCUUCUGACUUGACUGCGUUCAGUGACCCCCGAGUGGGAAUCGACCGCUCCUUCUCUGCACUCCCUUCCAUCUCCGACCCUCGGAUGCACUACCCAGGAGCGUUCACCUACACGCCGACGCCUGUCAGUUCAGGGAUAGGAAUCGGUAUGUCUGCCAUGUCCACAGCCACAAGAUACCACACAUACCUCCCACCUCCCUACCCCGGCUCAUCGCAGGCCCAGGGCAGCCCGUUCCAGACCAGUUCGCCCUCCUACCACCUCUACUACGGAACCUCCGCCGGCUCCUAUCAGUUCUCCAUGAUCUCGGGGGGAGACCGGUCCCCCCCACGCAUCCACCCCCCCUGCACCAACGCCUCCACAGGAUCAACACUCCUCAACCCCAACCUCCCCAACCAAAGCGAUGUGGUUGAGGCAGAAGGGAGCCACAGCAACUCCCCCACCAACAUGGCAACCACAGCAAGGCUAGAGGAAGCGGUGUGGCGACCAUACUGAGCGAAUUUUAAGUAGUCAUGGGUCAGGACUAGCGUGCUUUCCAUUUCCCGGUGCCCAUAGGUACCCCAUAGAUACCUGUCUUUCUUAUGGGCCCUUCCAUGUUCAUACAUCACUUUCAGAAGCCAACCCUCCAGAAGUCAGCGUGGUGGCAUGUAUUAGCCAGCCCCUGGCCAAGCGACAUGGCUCCAGCAAAGCAUCCCUCACCGGGGGCUGAGCUUCUGGAAAGGAGGACACCUGAGAUGGUGGUCCAGAGGUAGGGAGGGUGGGUAGGAAGGUACCCAGUCUGCUUCCAGGCCUGUGGCUUUCUAACGUGCCUGGGCCUGAAGGUCUCCACAGCCCUAAAGAGAAUUUCGGUUCAUUUCUAUUUUUAAGACUUAAAACCUAAAAUAAAAAAAUCUUAGUGAGUUUACUGCAUCUUCUGGACAUAUUAACUGUAAGGAAGUAUAGGAAGAUUCCCAGAGGGAAACUGUGAACGCUCCUGUUUUAGCAAUGCUGUGAAUGAGAGGUUUUAUAUGUUGGAGUUAAUUCUUUCUUUAUUUUUUUUUUUUUAACCAUGUUGUGUAUUCCAAAGAAUAUGGAAUUUUUUAUUGGUGGGGUUUUUUCGUUUUGUUUUGGGUUUAUUUUGGGGUUUUUUUUAGGAUGCAGCUCAUCCUGCUUUGCAUCUGAUUUGUUUUGUUUCUCUUGGCACCUUAUAAAUUGCAAAAAAAACCCACAUUUUGCUUUUUUCUUUUUGUUUUAAACAUGCUUGCUUCUUUCUUGCUUUGUCAACUGAAAGAAUCAGCCCCUUUUUCAUUUAAUUAAUUUAACUUUUUCCCCUUGGACUUCUUUUUUUUUUUAAUACAACGGCUACAGCCUUGGGUCAUUUUCAACUACUGUAUUACUUUGAUGAGUUCAUUGAUAUUUAUGCUUGAUAUUUAGACUUUUCUUAUUUGUUGAUACUAAUAUUAUUUAAAUAUGCCUAUAUUAAAAAAGAUCAGCAAUUGCCUUUUUUGGUAGCAGCCAACAUCAAAUUUAUCACAUUUAAAAAGGCUGAAAUAACGAUGGGUAAAGUGACCUCCUAAAUACUUAGAAUUAUUGUUUACAAUUAUCUCACUCUCAUUUUACUCAGCUAACUGAGCUCAGAUCCUCAAAGGCGUUUAGGUGUCCAACUCCCACUGAAAUUAUUUAGGCACCAAAAUCCCUAUGAAUUUCUGUGCCUCCCCAGCCAGUGGAAUCAUGUCUCCCUACUCCUUCCUUGCUUUUCCUUCAUCACCAGGGGUGAGCCUCAGGAUCGGUAAUCAGGAUGUACAUUUUUCAUAAGGCAGACUUAAUAUUCCCUAACUAGACACAUCUCCAUAUGGCCCCAUUCUGCUCCUGGGCUUCUGACAGGCAGAGGCCUCCUAGUCUUUCAAAAGUGAAAGCCGAGACACAGUUAGCAUGGCAAGGGUGAAGUCCUGGCUUCAAUGGAGCUGGUGUGCAAUUUGCUCCCAGCUCAGCAGAGCCAGGAGCUCUAAACAGUACAGAAGCCACAUUCCAGUGCACUGCAAAAUAGGUCAGUUCCUGCAUCACAAAAUAACUUGAAAUGAACAGGGUCGUCAAGCUCAUCUGGAAAGCAGGCCAGCAAAGAAGGGGCCUUAAUGGUUCUUCCAUCACUAUCUCCAGAGGGAAGAGGAAGGGUACUUAAAACUGGUACAUACAAUAUUCUGUUCUGUAGCAAAUACUUAACUAAGUAUUAACUUAAACUAAGGCUUAAACUAAGAGCAUGUUUACUACAGAGUUGUCAUCGUUGCCCAUCGUUACAGCACAAACAUAUCAAAUGUCACUGUAAAGUUUAUGGCACUAUUUUGUUUGAGGGUUUGAUCUGAAUGCAGUUCUUGUACUACUCACUAAUUACAAACUGCUGAUGUUGACACGUGUGCGUUCCAAAUUAGCUGAUUAUUAUUUAAUGUACCUCUUAAAUGAGUGAAACAAUUGCAGGUCAACUCAAAGAGUAUUUGAAAGCAGGACUUCAGAUCAGUGUUUGAUGUUAAAAAAAAAAUGUUUCAAAUUAAAAAGAUCCUUGGCUGCAGGCAGCAAAACAGCUGGACUUAUUUAAAACCAUUUGUUUUUCAAGUUUUCUUUUUUUUUUUUUUAAAUAUGAUUUUGCUUCUUUGUUUAAGUCAGAUGCAGUAGCACUUUGGUAUUGAAAAGUUACAAAUUGAAGAAUUUACAUUGUCAAUAAGGUCAUUUUUGUGCAGAAAACAGGGAGUGUUUCAAGAGAUCUCAGCAAAAGUUAAAAAUGUUUCUAUUAAAAUCAUGCAUGGCCUUGUGCUUUUCAUUUAGUAUAAUAUUCUUUAUGAUUUUCUAGAGUUUGGUCUGAACAAAAAAGACAGAAAACAUCAAAAUUAUAUCAGAACAGUUUAAAAUAUGUUUUGGAAGUAUGGAGACCUUCCUGAAUACGGAAAUACAGACACUCUUCCUGUUGUAACAUUUUCAUAGUUGGAAUCUCACCUCUUCCAGUAGCCUAAAAAAAAAUCCUUCAUCACCAAACAGUAGCUCUGUUGCAGAAUCCAGCUUACACAUUCUCUGUCACUGUGCAAUUAAAAUCAUUGUUCACUAUAGCUCUCACAUCUGCCUUGUGAUGGGACCACCCAAGUGCAUAGUACUGUGAGUAUGGACCCAGCAGUGAGGGAGAGGAGAGGACCUCAGAGGAGCCAGAUGCCUUCACCGCUGGAGGGCAGGGCUGCCCUGGCCGGGUGACUUCAGCCCGGUGGCAAAAGUGACGUCGAUGUGGUCAAAAAGCUCCCAGGCCUGUCUGUCCCCACAGCCUGCUUUCUGCUAAAGUCAUUCACCCCUUUCAGCCCGUAGUAGUGUACUAGUCAGUUUUGAAAGUAAAAGAUCAGGGAUUGACAAGAAUGAAGAGUUGGCAUGUCUUAGCCUGGAGAGUAGACCCUACAUUGAACAUUUCUUAUGUUGACACAUCUACUUUCUUUACACUUGUCCUAAAGGUGAAGUUUAAUUUUACUCUCCCUAGUGUGACCAGGAUGAGAAACUGCAGAACUGGUCACCACGCUCAUCCCGUGUCUUUACCGACACGUAACAAACCCCCUGGAAUCUCCCAGUGUCUCACUUGUGAUAAUUGCCAGCACCUGAAGUUCUGAGUCUGACCACUCUGUGUAUAUUGAGCACAGCACAAAGCAGCACCUUCAUUACAGAGGAUAAAUUAAGUUCAUUAUCCCUCACAAUUAGUCCGUUUAAUCACUGUGGGUUUCAGCGUAUUCAAACAAGUGCUUAUGAGAAACCACAGUUUACUCAAAUCUGUAUUUUUGUAGCUAUCCCCUGUCCCACUAAGGACAGCGAAGGUCUUCAAGGCUGCAAAAAUGCUCUCAUGUCAUACCUGUUGUAUCUUAAGAGCAGUAAGCAGUCACAAAGAGGACAUUCGGAUAAAACAUUUCCCCCAUUUACUCGUCUCCAAAUUAUAGCAUAUAAGUAUGUAUUUUUAUAUACAUAUAAUAUAUAUAUUUAUGUAGUUUUAUCAUCCCAGUAGCUGAAUGGAACCCAGAAAGAGCUAUUGUGCUUCUCUUUGCAAGGUGCACUCAGCAGAGUGCCUUAGGUACCUUCCCCUACUGAAGUACAGCUAAUGGCGGUCCUUACUAUCAGCUUGUGUGUUCCUUUCACAAGACACAACCCCUUGUCCAGAUGCAGCUGUGUCAAACAAUUUUGAAGUAAAUAUAGGGCCUGGCUGUCAUUUGCUCUAAGGCCUUCAACUUUGCUCUCACACAACGUUCACGCUCACUUCAAGCAUCUCUGCUACCGUUCCAGGGCGAUGUACAGGAGCUUUAGCACAAGGGGGAGGCAGAUGCAGAGCGCAUCCCUGCUAUGAAGGAUUUGAUUUGUAGAGUUACGGCAAAUUAUCUGCUGGAAAAGAAUAAAAAAAACCUUUUCUCCAAAUGGCCCACAGCCUUUGCCAGAGUGUUCCGAAUUGCCUGCACUCUUGAAACAUUCAUUACUGCUCUCUGGGUGACCUUUUCCAUUGGUGUAUUUGAAGAUUCAGGAGAAGUGGAUCAUUUUUCUAUCUGAGCAAAACACUUGCUUGUUUUCCUGCAUCGUAACAUUUUUGUAUUUUAUUUUUGUUAACCUUGCUUGGUCAAUACCAAUCACUUGGCAUUUUUCUUCUUGUCUUAAAAGGGUUGCAUCAACAGAGUUACUUGUAUUUAUGUAUGUAAAUAGAUUUCUAAAGCUUCAUAGCAAAAUAUUUAGUGCUUGUAAUUAUUCAGCAUUUUUUUCAUUUUUCUGUGUUUUUAAUGAACGUAACUUUGUGUUUGCUUAAAUACUGUAGUGAGACUUAUUUCUUUCUGAAUUAGUUAUUUUAAGCUUCAAGAUUAACUACAUUUUAUUCACUUUUGUAAACAGUUAUAGCAUGGUCUCUAUUCAACACUUCACUUUUUUGUGGUAGGGGAGAAAUGAAUGUGCAAAAAUCUGUGGGUUAUUUGUGGUAUUCUGGGUCUGACAGUUACACCUUUCUUUUAAACAAAAACUAAACUUUCAGUCUGAGGUGGCCGUAUGGUAAGUCUGAGGGGAGGACACAGCAGGAGACACACUCCUAUCAAAAUGGCAUCAAAGCAAAUUCGUUCAGCAUUUACUGGCUAUGUUUACAAAACAGAUGCUGCAGCAUCCUGCAACAGUCACAUUUUCCUUUGACACUGUUAUGCUGAACAUUUCCAGAAGGGGAAAAUAUCAGGUUCUGGAAGUUUGCUUUUUUGCUUUUGAUUGCAGGGGAUUUUUAUUUUAUUUUAUUUUAUUUUAUUUUAUUUUAUUUUAUUUUUUCCCUUUUGGGAGGGUUGGGGCAGGAGAGGAGAGGGGCUGCUGUUUCUUGGAACCAGAUAGGAAAAGAGAUAAGAGUAGAUUUUUCCCCCACUACAGGAAGUCUCUAAAUACCACAUCAGAGUAGACUCUUGCUGUACAUAGGGAUGGCUGUGUCCAGCGCCAUGGGAGAAUUCAUUACAACUAGCAUGCAGAGCAGCUGGACUGCUGCGUUAGUUCUAAUGAAGACUUUCUUUCUUCCUUUCUUUCUUUGUACCACAGUUUGCUCUGUAAAUUCAAUAUCAUAAUUAGUGUGAAUGACAAAUAAAAUGUUUGACAAGUA